AUGUUGUCGAGUAUUGGACGAUCGGCCAUUAGGAGGGUGGUCGCCGGGGCGUCGCAACCGUCAACAACCCGAGUAUUCCAGAGCGUCUGGCAUCUACAAGCCGCUGGUGUCUCGAAGAGCACUGACAAUGCUUUAUCCCGCACUCAAGUAUCUUUUGAGUUUCGACGAUUCCUCGCUGCAGCAACCAAAGCCACUCGGGCAAGCAAAACAAGUGCAGAGUCGAAACCCAAAACACCAGUGAAGAAGGCGAAGGACAAGGCUGCUGCCAAGCCAAAGACGAAAGGCAGGCCCAAGAAGAAGAAGAUUUUGACCCCGGAAGAGAAAGCAAAGCGGGAGGUCCAGAAGCUUAAGGCGCUGGUAUUAUCACCACCAAAGCUGAAACCAACCUCGGCCUGGAAAGUCCUCUUCUCGGAACUAUCUGUCCCUGGCCAAGCGGUGUCGGUAUAUGCGAAGAAUGUUGCGGAGAAGUACAAGUCCCUGAGUCCUGGUGAGCUUGAGGCAUACAAUCACACAGCCAACCAGAACAAGGAGGCGAACGAAGUUGCUUUCAAGCAGUGGAUCCAGAGCCACACACCUGAACAGAUUCGGGUCGCCAACAAUGCGCGGAUGCUCUUGAAGAAACGGACUGGCAAAUCAUAUCCACUUAUCCCAGAUGACCGAAUUCCCAAGAAAGCUAGAACUGAGCACGCUCUGUUCACACAAGACAGAUGGGCCUCUGGUGACCUGAAGGGCAUCAAAUUCAGUGAAGCCAGUCGAAUUUUGCGGGACGAGUACCUUGCCUUACCAGAAAGUGAACGCAAGGUAUACAAAGACCGCGCCGAGGCCGAUAAGGAGAGAUACAUCCAGGAGUUCAGAGCGGCCUUCCACCGCGAUCCCCCAUACCUCCACAAGCAAGCGACAGCCUAA